AUGUCAACUCUACCAUCGACUCAAACAGCGGCUCAGGGGGCGAGUCAGCACACUAUCAUCAAAUCGGAGAUUGAUUUCCAAAGACUGAUUAACGGAGAAUGUGAUCGUUUAGUGUCUCGCGCCUCAAACCUCCUCCAAAACAAGUCCUUCACUGACGUGACAUUCAUUGUGGGUCCGCCACAACACUCCAAGAAAUAUGUGGGCCAUCGGGUCCUACUGGCCAUGACAUCGCCAGUGUUUGAGGCGAUGUUUUAUGGAGAUAUGGCUGAUAAGAGUAAAGUAAUCCGUAUCCCAGAUAUAGCUCCCAUAGGAUUCGAGAAUUUAUUACGAUAUGCCUAUACGGACUCAUUAAACCUAAACUCCGUCGAGGAUGCAAUGCUAACGGCAUAUGCGGCCAAAAAAUAUCUAUUACCCCAUUUAUUAAGGGAAUGUCUGACCUAUAUUGAGAAGAACAUCACCCCUUCGAGUGCAUGUGCUGUCUAUGAGUUCGCAACUGUUCUCAAUUCACAACAACUCGUCUACCAAUCGAUGAAUACCAUAGACAGACAGACAUACCAUGUAAUUACUCACAAAUCUUUCAAUAACAUCCAAUUGUCAACUUUGGAGUUCAUUGUCAGCAGACGUUACCUCAACCUAUACUCAGAGUUUUCAUUAUUUAAUUCGGUUAUUCAAUGGACACAAAAUGAGUGCAAACGGAGGUCGGCCAACGCUAAUGACUGGAUUGUUAUUAGGGGUCUUCUCGAGGAUAGUACUAUUAUGAAGAACUUGCGAUUCCUGACGAUGUCAGCCGAAGAGUUUGCGAGAGUUAUAUCACAGACAACACAGAAUACAGUUCCCAAAGAGAACGGCGAAGAGUCAUACCUUCCCCUCGAGAAUGCAUUCAUGAACAAGAACGAGCAAAUCGCCAUUUUCAUGAAUCUAGCCAUCCCUGGGUUAGUUCCCAUCACUAAAAGCCUGAGUCAGGAAACGACUCCCAGAUGCGCACCGCCCGAGUACUUCACAGUCAGACGCUAUAAGCCGGUGACUUACGCCACAACCACUACAUUAGCGCACGCAUCGCAGGGCGCCGGCGGUAAUAAACCCAUCAAAACGGUUUGCACUAAAUUCCAAGUCAUGAACUCCGACCUCUUCAUUGUCGGCGCUUCCAUUCCUAUCAGAUUAGACCCAGGGUAUUAUUCGGUUCGGACGCCAAAACUGGACUGUCAGCUGAAGUUCACCUCCAAAAUGGGUGUCGCGAGUGAGGGCCCGAUGGGUCAGAGGGCACAGGACGACGCUAUUCUAUUGGUAAGGGAUACAGUGGACGACUCGAUAACUCUGGUCAUAUCCAAGGACAAGGACUGUCACGUGAAGCUAAAGAGACCCCUGAGCGUGAAAAAAGGAAACCUCAAUGAAUUGCUUCUGACAUUUCAAUCGCCAACACUUAAUGACGAUAUCGUUGUUAUCAAAGGACAUCGAAACAAGUCGACUCAGACAGAGGUGGUGGACGGGGAGGCCAUCAGUUGGGUGUUCUUCAAGUCGAGUAAGACACCGAUAAGCGAGGCUAAGGGCCCACACCGGAGGGUAAGAGACGAUAAGGAAUGGCAUCUGAGAUUAUCGCAAAACUAUUACCAAAUACUGGGAAUCGAUGAGAAGAGCGACAAAAAGCGGAUCCGUUUAUCGUAUCUAAAGCUCUGCAAACGAUUUCAUCCGGAUUUGAACCAAACGAGUGAUCCGACGGCUCAAGAGGUCCAGAAAAGCCGACUCCAGGACAUCAACAAAGCCUACAACUGUCUCAUCAAUGAUGAGCGACGCCGUGAUUACGACCUCCUCCUCAGACAACACCACACUAUUGAAGACGAGUUGAUCCGAGACGCCGAUCCGCGCCACCAAUCCUCCAGAUAUCGUCACUACACUUACUAUUACUCACCCAAUGAUAGCAGUAAUGCCUAUAACUCUCAUAACUCUUGGAACCGAUAUAAUAGACAUAUGAAGUCCACUAAAUUGUUUAGCAAACAACAGGUCUUAAUGGCGUGCAGUUUAGCCUUAUUUAUGAGUAUUAUUUUGCAUUUAUUUCAAUACUCAGUGUCUGUCCGACACUUGCAUCAUAUGGAGAAUAAGUGGAGAGAUAAUGGACACGACUAUUGGAAUACUUUGAAGUCCAGGAAAUCGCCUGAACAGAGAGUACAGAUAUUUGAACAAGGUGUGGAGUCCACUGUGGAUCCCAAAUAGUUUUAGCAUAUUUUUCUAGUAUUUUUGUGAUAUAAAGAUGUUAUACCCGUUAUAUAGUCAAC